UCUACCAACACUCACCCGGGCGCAUACAACUUCAACAUGACAAACCGUCGAUAGCUCCGAUGUCUUUGCAAGUUUCAGACGACAAGCUCGGCGACGCCAUCCUCCAGUCGGUGCAGCAUGGAGUGUUUCCGCAAGAUGAGCAUGUGGCAUCUGCGACGGUGCCACCGAGCGCACUACCAAAGCUGCUAGAGGUUGUUGAGAGGGCAAGGGUGGACACACAAAACGAAAUCCGCAAAGUCUCUCGCGAAGCCGCACCCGACGUCGACGGUUGGAUAGCCCAAGCGCGCAAACUGCAGGACGACAUCAAGCGCUCGCAAGAAACUGCCAAAGACAUCGUACAGCAAGCAGAAGCAGGCAAGGACAACACAGCGCGCGUUCAGGAUGCGGCGAGCAAGACCAGCCUACUACAAUCGGAAAUUGCAUACAACGAGAGCCUCGCGCAGGUCCUGGAACAGUUACGAGACAUCUCCGCCCUGUUAGACUCGGCGCGCGAUGCUGCAGUUGGUGGACAUGUCAUGUAUGCGCUAGACAGGAUGGAGGAUGCAGACGAGGCUUUCAAGAAACUGGGUGCCUUUCAGACUACGAGAGUAGUUGGCGUGCUGAAGACCAAGCAAGAGACCUUGAGGAAGGCAGUCGUGGAGAAUAUCACAGAGUCAUGGAACGGCCUCAUCCUAAUCGACGUCGCGAACCGCAAGAUCUCACUGAGAGAAUCGAUCGAACAGGAAGAAGUCGUGGAGAUUCACACCGUUGUCGAAGCACUUACAAGAUUGAACCUUCUCGACAGCUUCCUCUCUCGGCUAAGCCGCGACCUAGACAGAAGUAUCAUAGCGCCUCGACUCACGACUGGCACCGACAGCGUUGUAUGUGGCUUCGAGGUCAGAGGAGAUGACCUUCAGGGCACAGGCCCCAUGAACGAUGAGGGUAUAAAACCUACGCUGCAAGACAUCCACAUCAUAGCCGAGUACCUGAGCACCCGCCUGCCGGAAGCAAUCGCCAUGCCGUUGUCUUUGAAACUAGUCCCUGUCAUUGCGUCGCGGCUGAUAUCCAAUCUGCUUCUCCCUGCUGUUCCAGUAUCGACAGACGGGGUGCACGAGUUUCAAGAGACACUGUCAUAUGUACUGGGUCUUGUCGAGUAUUUGGAUGAGCUUGGGUGGUCAGGACAGAAUCGUCUGACAGAGUGGGUUGACAGGUCCGCUGAGAUCUGGCUGGCCAAGCAGAAAGAGGCUGCCAUCGGCAAGGUACAGAUCAUGUUCCAGAAACAAGUUCAGGAGAAGACGACCGUGGAAAGAAUCGAGACACAGUUCAUCUCCAAGGGUGACGCACUACAUGAUGGCCAAGAAGAAGACAACGAAUGGGGCGCUGACUGGGACGAAGGAGAAGACCCCGAAAAGGAGGCAGAGAUGUCCAAAGCUCUGGAGGUAGAAGAGGAGGACAUGAGUGCUUGGGGUAUGGAAGAUGAGGAGCCCGCCGAAGAAUCCAAAGCACAAGGUGAAGCACACGCAACGAAGCAAGCAGACGACGAGGACGCAGAAGAUUGGGGUGCUGAAUGGGGCGAUGGCGAAGACACAAAGCAAGUUUCAGCACUGGAUGUUGUAACAAAAUCACCAGAGAGACCAAGGACGAACAGAAAGUCUGUAUCUCAAAAGCCGCCUAAGGAGCAGGAGGUAACAUUGCGAGAAACGUAUACGGUGACGGCCAUUCCCGAUUCCAUCAUGGAGAUUAUCAUCCAAGUUGUUGCAGAUGUGGAGACUCUGAACUCACCUGAUCUCGUCAGGUCUGCCAUUGCACCUGCUAGUGGGGGUCUUUACACUAUUCCCAGCUUGUUGCUUGCCAUGUAUCGAGCUACAGCCGCAAUCCACUACUCGAAAGACAUCGCUGGAAACAUGCUGAUCUACAAUGACUGCCAACGAUUAUCGGACCGCCUACGAAUCUUCAUGCAGGAACAAGCCGAGAAAGACACGGCUUCCAACCUACCUGAGUUGCUUCGGCCGUCUGUUCGUCUUAAGCCUAGACUCGAUGCCGACAUUAAAACAAUCGAUGGCUUCGGCAAGCGCGCAUAUGGGCGGGAGAUGGAAUCACAACGACAAAUAGUGAGAGACCACCUGGAGGAUGCACAGGGCUUCCAAGGAUGCACCAACGCUCCCUUCUCGACAGUCUGUGACGACGCGAUCGCCACGACAAUUGACAGAAUAGGCGACGUGAAGAGACAGUGGCAGCCCAUUCUCUCACACUCGGCGCUGCUUCAAUCUCUUGGAUCACUAGUGUCAACUGCUCUGACAAAGUUCGUCAACGACAUCGAAGACAUGCCUGAUAUUGCCGAAGACGAGUCGCGCAAACUAUAUAGCUACUGCAACUCCCUCACGACACUAUCUCAGCAUUUCCAAACACCAAAUGACGCUGGAGAGACGAGAGACAUGUCAGGCAUAUAUACGCCUAAUUGGUUCAAGUUUCAGUACCUGUCUGAUAUCUUGGACGGUAGUUUGGCGGAUAUCAAGUAUUUCUGGACAGAAAGCGAGCUGAAACUGGAGAUGGAGGCGGAGGAGGUGGUCGGGCUGAUUGAGGCGCUGUUUGCGCCAAGCGAGCAUCGCAGAAAGGCAAUUGCUGAGAUUCGAAGAACGAGUAUGCGCUAAGUCCUACGGGAUAUUUUAUUUUAAACUACAUGUUCAGAUACAUUCAAU